AUGGCGCCCCACUGCGCCUCUCCGCACAGCCUUCCGCCGCUCUCCCACUCAAGCCUCCGCCCUGGUCCCCCUGGGGCGAGCGGGCCGGCAGCGGCGGGUUCCGUGCGGCCAGUGGUACAGAGGAGUCCCCAGGAUAUGUGCAUGCUCAACAUCCUCGCUAAGCUGCCCCCGCGCGACCUGCUGAGCGCGAGCAGCUGCUGUCGGCGGUGGCGGCGGCUAGCGGCGGAGAUCUGGAGCAACGUGGAGGCGGCGGCGCUGUCGCUCGACGCGACGCCGUCGCUCGCGACGGACGCGCUCGUCUACGUGCCCUUCAUGCUGCGCCGCUGCCCGCGCCUCGUGCACCUCUCGCUGCAAGCCGCUAGAUGCGUGGACGAUCGCCUGCUGCAUCGCAUAGCCGCCGAGCAGCCGAACCUGGAGUCGCUCGUCAUUCGCACGGCGCCCAACGUCGCAUGCCACGUCACGGACAACGGCAUGGCGGCGUUGCUGCAUGGUUGCGCGUCGCUGCGCGCCGUGGACUUGGACGGAUGCAUCGCACUGCCAUCGCUCACCGUCGCCUCGCAGUCCUUGACAGCCCUGACGCUCUCCGCCUGCGCGCGCCUCUCGCGCCUCUCCCUCGCAUGCCCCGCGCUGCAGCGCCUCUCGCUCUCCCUCCUCCCCGCGCCCGCUCCGCCCUCCGCCGCUCCGCCAGCGCGCACGUGCUCCCAGACGCACGCGCACGCGAACGCGCAGAUGAGCGGAGACCCCGCACACGCGGAGGCGGUGAUAAGCCACGUGGCAAGCCUCGCGGCGCCUCUCGAGCGCCUGCACAUCGCGUCGCCAUACACCACCGACUCGAUGGUGGCGGCGCUGGUGCGCGCACACGGGUCGACGCUCUGCGCGCUCUCCAUCACACACUCGCUCUCGCUCACCGAUGAGGGCGUGGCGGACAUCUGUCGCGCCUGUCCGCAUCUGCAGCACCUCGACCUCUCCGCCUCUCCCAACGUCUCAGACGCCGCCCUCCACGCCAUCAG